CCACGGCAGCGCUUCCUGUUGACAUUCCCGUUCUGCGCAGCCGCGCUAAGCUGCGUGUUUUAAAGCUGCUGUGGAGCCGCUCGGCGGAGGAAGAUGCCGCAGAAGAACCGAAGCAAGAAGGCCGGGAAGGCGAAGCCCCCCACGGUGGUAGCCGCGCUGUCCACGGAGGAGAUGUCCAAGGAUCAGCUGGAGGAGCACAUCGUCCGCCUCCGGGAGGAACUGGACCGGGAGCGCGAGGAGAGGAGCUACUUCCAGCUGGAGCGGGACAAGAUCCACGCCCUGUGGGACGUCUCCAGGAGGAACCUGGAGGAGGCGCAGGACGAGCUGAGGAACAGCGUCCGGGAGAAGGAGGAGGCUGAGGAGCGCCACCGGGUGGAGAUAACUGUCUACAAGCAGAAGCUGAAGCACGUCCUCUCUGAGCAGCACAACGGCGUCUUUGAGGUGAGGACGGGCGCCGUCUCCUCUUCCUCGCUGGUCCAGAACCAGAACACCGAGGCUGAGCUGGAGCUCUGCAGAGACAUCCAGAACCUGCAGGCAGACAGCAGGGAGAAGAAGCUCCAGGAGCACAGCUCCAUAAAGCAGCUGAAGCUGAACCAGCAGGCGGAGCUGAUGAAGCUCAGCUACGAGCACGAGGUCAGGAUGCGAGAGAUGGAGCUGAGGUACCAGCGGAGGAUGCGGUCUCUGAGGGAGACGGAGGAGAAGAGGCGGAGGUCAGCGAUCGCUGAGGUGGAGGACCGCAUGAGGAGUCGCGUGGAGUCUCUAAAGGAGGAACAUGGCCGAGUCCUGCGGAGAGGAGAGGAGUAUUUCUCCCAGACCCAGGAGAAGCAGCAGGAGGAGCUGAACAGGUGGAAGGAGGACAUGAAGAAGCUGCAGAAGGAGGAGGUGAAGUGGGACAGAAACAUGUCAGCAGCUCAGCAGGAGAACCGACGGCUGAAGGAGACUCUGCAGGAGGUCCAGCAGCAGAUCCCCGAGCUGCAGCGACAGCUGCAGGAGUGCAGGCUCUCCAAGGACUCGGUGGAGAGGUCCCGGGCUCAGAAGAAGCUGGUUGAGAAGGAGCUGAGAGAUCUGACGGUGGAGCACGAGCUGCUCCUGCAGGCCUUCCAGAAGGUCCAGCAGGAGCGCGACGAGCUGCUGAAGAGACAGAGGGAGAGCCUCCUGGACGUCCAGCAGAGGAGCGGCCUGAAGAAGAUGCUGCUGCAGAAGAAGCUGGCUGCGCUGACAGAAGCUCUGGAGAAGAAGGAGGCGCAGCUCAGCGCCGCGCUGUCGGUCUGCAGCAGCGAGCCCACGGCGCGCAGCAACGCCGCCACCAAGCUGGAGGAGAUCCUGGAGUCCAAACGGGUCAGCCUGGAGGCGCUGCAGCAGGACCUGGCCCAGGAGAACCAGCAGCUGAAGGCUUCUGGACCCGCCCAGCCGGACCAGUGACUGAACCAGAACCUGGACCAGACGUCGCUCCUGUUCGCUGAGGGCAGCAGCACAUCUGGUUUAAUUACGCUCAUCUCCAGCUGAGGAACUCGGAUCCCAGAACCAGGAACCAAUAAACCAUGUUUUUAAGUUUCCACCACAGAGGCGUGAAAAUAUUCCUCCUGAAGGAUCAUCUCAACCUGAGAGGUUCCUCAGCCUGAAAGCUGCUCUUAGUGACGAGACGUUCUCCUCGUUCUCAGAGCAUCUCAGGCCUCCAGAGCUGCUGCUGAUACAUGAGAGGAGGAGAGAGCUGAUUGGCUGAUCCUCCUGAACAGAGACAGCUGAUUGGCUGAUCCUCCUGAACAGAGAGAGCUGUGUUAUGGAAACACAUAAUCAGUUUUUUGUUAAUCAUGUAUUUUUCUUAAAGCAGUAAAGAGUUACUUAAGUUUUAAAUAAUGUGGUUAAACUGUGUGGCUUGGAGUGAAAAGAGGACGGAGUCUGCAGACUCACUAACAGGUAAUAAAUUCAUUCAACCGUCUCAGGGAUAUUAGGCAAAGUGGGAGUUUUAUGGGUUUUACGGGGUGAAAGCUUUUUGUUGUUCUUGAUGCUUAUCUUAGUAAACUCCUAGAACAUCUGGCAGAAAUGUAUCAAGAAUCUGGAGUCCUGUUGCCCCCCCCUUACACAGUGAGGGCCCCGGAUAUUAAAAGUGCGCCCCUGGGCGGUUCUGAACAGACACGCUUACAUCCAGCGUGGACUUCGUGUUUUACUACGUGAGCUUUAUGGUAACGCUGUGUUUGUCUCCCCUUGGAAUUCCAAUUGUAAUAAAUAUAUUUAUAUUCUAAGUGUUCUGAUAAUUGUUUUCUUCCUUUGCUGCCAAAUCUAUGAUGCAGGUGAGG